GUUGUGCCGGGUCGCCAAGGCUUUGGAUGCUAGAGUGUUCGGGUGGGCCGGCGUUCUGUAACUGCGUGCCGGAUUCCGGCUGCUCCUCGCUGCGAUGCAGGUCUCCAGCCUCAACGAAGUGAAGAUUUAUAGUCUUAGCUGCGGCAAGUCUCUUCCUGAGUGGCUUUCUGACAGGAAAAAGAGAGCACUGCAGAAGAAGGAUGUCGAUGUUCGUAGGAGAAUUGAACUUAUUCAGGACUUUGAAAUGCCUACUGUGUGUACUACUAUCAAGGUGUCAAAAGAUGGACAGUAUAUUUUAGCAACUGGAACAUAUAAGCCUCGGGUCCGGUGUUAUGACACCUAUCAGUUAUCCCUGAAGUUUGAAAGGUGCUUGGAUUCUGAAGUUGUCACCUUUGAGAUUUUGUCAGAUGACUAUUCAAAGAUUGUCUUCUUACAUAACGACAGAUACAUUGAAUUUCACUCACAAUCAGGCUUUUACUACAAAACCAGAAUUCCCAAGUUUGGCCGAGACUUCUCUUACCACUAUCCAUCCUGUGACUUGUACUUCGUAGGUGCAAGCUCUGAAGUUUAUAGAUUAAACUUAGAACAAGGGCGGUACCUGAAUCCUCUCCAGACAGAUGCUGCGGAGAACAAUGUUUGUGACAUAAAUGCAGUGCAUGGCUUGUUCGCCACAGGAACAAUAGAGGGUCGAGUGGAAUGCUGGGACCCAAGAGUCAGAAAAAGGGUUGGUGUGUUAGACUGUGCAUUAAAUAGUGUCACAGCAGAUUCAGAGAUUAACAGCUUACCCACCAUCUCUGCAUUGAAGUUUAAUGGAGCCUUGAGCAUGGCUGUUGGAACAUCCACAGGGCAGGUGUUGUUAUACGAUCUUCGCUCAGAUAAGCCAUUGCUAGUUAAGGAUCACCAGUAUGGGCUGCCUAUUAAGUCAGUUCAUUUCCAGGAUUCACUAGAUUUAGUUUUGUCUGCAGACUCCAGAAUUGUCAAAAUGUGGAACAAGGACACUGGGAAAAUAUUUACUUCGUUGGAGCCGGAGCAUGACCUUAAUGAUGUUUGCCUCUAUCCCAGUUCAGGAAUGCUUCUCACUGCCAAUGAGUCCCCCAAGAUGGGCAUUUACUACAUUCCGGUUUUGGGUCCUGCUCCCAGGUGGUGUUCCUUCCUGGACAACUUGACAGAAGAAUUAGAAGAAAAUCCAGAGAGCACAGUGUAUGAUGAUUACAAAUUUGUCACCAAGAAAGACCUUGAAAAUUUAGGGCUCACACAUCUCAUUGGAUCCCCUUUCCUCCGAGCAUAUAUGCAUGGGUUUUUCAUGGAUAUCAGACUCUACCACAAGGUGAAAUUAAUGGUCAAUCCAUUUGCUUAUGAAGAAUAUAGGAAAGAUAAAAUUCGACAGAAGAUAGAAGAAACACGUGCACAGAGAGUCCAAUUAAAGAAACUGCCAAAAGUUAACAAAGAACUGGCACUUAAAUUAAUCGAAGAGGAAGAGGAGAAACAAAAGUCUACACUGAAAAAGAAAGUUAAGAGCCUUCCUAACAUCCUGACGGAUGAUCGGUUUAAAGUUAUGUUUGAGAACCCCGACUUCCAGGUGGAUGAGGACAGUGAAGAGUUCAGGCUUCUCAAUCCACUUGUCUCAAGGAUUAGUGAGAAGAGGAAGAAGCAGCUGAGACUCUUGGAGCAGCAGGAGCGUCUCAAGAAUGAAGAGGAGGAAGAACCGGAAGGAAAGCCCAGUGAUGCAGAAAGUUCAGAGAGUUCAGAUGAUGAAAAAGAUUGGGUUGAAGAAGUCAGGAAGCAGCGCAGACUCCUGCAGCAGGAAGAAAGAGUGAAGCGGCAGGAGCAACUGAAGGAGGACCAGCAGACAGUCCUGAAGCCCCAGUUCUACGAGAUCAAAGCAGGCGAAGAGUUCAGGAGCUUCAAAGAGUCUGCCACCAAGCAGAGACUGAUGAACAAAACUCUGGAAGAUCGUUUGAAACUUGAAGCAAAACAUGGGGCAUUGAAUGUAUCAGACACCACUGUUGGCAGCAAGCAGUUGACAUUUACUCUCAAGAGGUCUGAACAGCAAAAGAAGCAACAAGAGGCCGAGAAACUGCAUCGCCAAGAGAGGAAAAAGCUGCGGAGGUCUGCCAGCCACCUGAGGUCCAGACCCAGAAGAGGCCGGCCCUUUCACUGACCAAGAAGUGUGCCUAUGAGCAACUAGGAAGCUGUGCUUCUCCCCCGGGUUUUCACAAGGGCACUGUUCCCAGGCGAGAGGACGUGGCAGUUAAAGUUCCGUGUGGAUGUGUGUGCACGGUGCUGCUGGUCUGACUGGCCCACUACCCAGCUUGAGUAGUCCUGCCCCCUUAAAUACUGUCUUCUCCCUGCUGCUGAUCAGGGAAAGCAGGCAUCAUUUCCAGUAUUGGAAAGGUCUACAUGAAAUGAAAAGUUUAUCCUCUGCUGAAAACAAGAGAUUAUCAUGUUGUAAAAAUGGUUUGGGUUUUAGGUUUUGUUUGUUUGGGGGGGGGUGAUGUUGUUUGUAUGUUUGUUUGAGACUUGAGACAGUGUUUCUCUGUAGCCCUGGGUUUCCUGGAAUUCUAUCUGUGGCCUUGAACUCCAGAGAUCCGCUUGCCUCUGCCUCCUGAGUGCUGAAGUUAAAGAUAUGCACCGCCAUGCCCAGCCAGAAUGUCUGUUCUCACUGUCCUCUGCCCCUCAGGACUGAGCUGCACAGGAGUUCUGCCCUUAUUUACCUGGUGCCUGCUGAUUGGCCCAGUUUAUGUGCAUGAGUAUGUUGGCAGGCUUGCUUGCUUGCUUUUAUAUUUCUUUGGUAUACUUUUUAAACUAUGUUUAUAUCAAGAGUCUAAAUUAAUGAUAAUAAUAAGUGAAUGCUACUGGC